GGCUCCGGUGCAGGUAUGGCCAAAUCGAAGAACCACACCACACACAACUAGUCCCAAAAAUGGCACAGAAACGGCAUCAAAAAACCCCGAUCACAACGAUACGAAUCUCUUAAGGGGGUAGACCCCAAGUUCCUGAGGAACAUGCGCUUUGCCAAGAAGCACAACAAGAAGGGCCUGAAGAAGAUGCAGGCCAACAACGCCAAAGCCAUGAGUGCACGUGCUGAGGCUAUCAAGGUUCUUGUAAAGCCCAAGGAGGUUAAGCCCAAGAUUCCAAAGGGCAACAGCCACAAGCUCAGUCGACUUGCCUACAUUGCUCACCCCAAGCUCGGGAAACGUGCUCAUGCUUGCAUCACCAAGGGUCUCAGGCUCUGUCGGCCAAAGACCAAGGACAAGGCUCAGACUAAGGCCACAGCUUCAGCUGCAGCUGAGGCUCCCAAAGGCCCCCAGACCCCCACAAAGGCUCCAGAGUAGAGGCUUUCAUCUAUUGACGUGAGGAAAUAAGGACUAGUGUGACCCCUGGGCUGCUGUCUGCAUGGGGCUCAUGUCUACCUGUGCUGUUUGUACAAAUAAACCUGAGGC